CCCUGGAGAGCUCAGCUUCACCCACAGGGACACUACAGAGGGAGUUUGGGGAAGACAAAGCCAUCAGUGCCCCAGUGUGGGUGGGAGGGGAUGUGUGGCACCAUGGGGAAGCCCUUGUCGUGGGCAGUGCUGGUGCUCGCUGUGGUGCUGCUGGGGCUCUCAGCUCCAUGUGUGGCACACAGGCAGCCCAACUUCAUUGUCAUCCUGGCAGAUGAUGUGGGCUGGGGAGAUCUGGGGGCCAACUGGGCAGAGACCAAGGAGACCCCAUGUUUGGAUGAGUUGGCUGCUGAAGGCACAAGGUUUGUGGACUUCCACUCAGCUGCAUCCACUUGCUCCCCAUCCCGUGCAUCUCUGCUGACAGGGCGCCUGGGGGCACGCAAUGGGGUCACCCACAACUUUGCUGUCACCUCGGUUGGAGGCCUGCCCCUCAAUGAGACAACCCUGGCUGAGGUCCUGCAGCAGGCUGGAUACAGCACAGGGGCUAUAGGCAAGUGGCACCUGGGACACCAUGGCCGCCAUCACCCCAACUUCCGUGGCUUUGAUUACUUCUUUGGGAUCCCCUACAGCCAUGACAUGGGCUGCACGGAUACCCCCGGCUACAACCUGCCUCCCUGCCCGCCCUGCCCACAGCGUGGCACAGCUACCAGCAGGGUGGCAAGGAAGGACUGCUACACAGAGGUGGCCCUUCCUCUCCUGGAGAACACCACCAUCAUCCAGCAGCCUGCCAACCUCAGCAGCCUGGCCAUGCACUAUGCCCAGCAGGCAGCCGGCUUCAUCCAGCGUGCCAGUGACAGUGGCCGCCCCUUCUUCCUCUACCUGGCACUGGCCCACAUGCACGUCCCGCUGGAGGUCCCCUCGCCACCACCAUCUGCCUCAGGCAUCUAUGGAGCCGCCCUGAGCGAGAUGGACUCCUUGGUGGGAUGGAUAAAGCAGGUGGCUGACAGCCACGGCAAGGGCAGCACCCUGCUGUGGUUCACAGGUGACAAUGGCCCCUGGGAACAGAAGUGUGAGCUGGCUGGACGUGUGGGGCCGUUUGUGGGGGCCUGGCAGAGGCAGCGAGGUGGCAGCUCUGCAAAGCAAACCACCUGGGAAGGAGGGCACCGAGUGCCAGCACUGGUGUACUGGCCGGGGCACAUCCCUGCUAACAGGACAAGCAGUGCUCUGCUCAGCACCCUGGACAUCUUCCCUACGCUGGUGGCCCUGGCUGGGGCAUCACUUCCACCAAACAGACGCUUUGAUGGCUUGGACGUGUCACCAGUUCUCUUUGGCUGGUCAGAUGUAGGGCACAAGGGUCUGCUCCACCCCAACAGCGGGGCAGCUGGGAAGUAUGGUGAGAUAGAGGCACUACGGCUGGCUCAGUACAAGGCUUUUUACACCACAGGAGGAGCAAUGGCUUGUGAUGGGAGCACUGGGCCAGCUGAGCAUCACCAGCCACCCCUCAUCUUCAACCUGGAGCGUGACAUCCAGGAGCAGGAGCCUUUGGAUGUGGCAUCUGGAGAGUAUCAGGCAGUGCUCCCUGCAAUCAGCAGGGCUUACGCCCAAGCUCUGGAGGACAUCAUAACAGACAACAUCACAACUGCAGAUUACUCCAAAGACCCAGCUGUGACCCCUUGCUGCAGCACACAGCACGUGGCCUGCAGGUGCCAAGUGCCAAGGUCUGGCCCAGCCAUGCUGGAGCAUCGACAGGAACGAAGAGCAAGGUGGCUUUGUCUCUGAGCAAAUGACUCCUCAGGCUGCUCCUCUCCCAGGCCUGCUGUCUGUGAACGGGACUGUUGUGCUCACUGGCUCCAGGCUAGAGGCUAGCCAUGGAGAUGGGGGAUAGAAGGUGCAGUCACAGAAUCAGAAUCCCAGCAGGGUAGGGGCUGGAAGGGACCCCUGGACAUCACCCAGUCCAAUCCCCCUGCUAAAGCAAAGCAGGGACACCCACAGCAGCUUGCCCAGGAUCACAGUGUCCAGGUGGGUCUGGAAUCUCUCCAGAGAAGGAGAUUCCACAGCCUCUCUGGGCAGCCUGCUCCUGGGCUCCAGCACCCUCACAGCAAAGUUUUUCCUCAUGGCCAGUUGAUCCUCUUUGCUCUGUGCUAGGAAGCAGGGAGGUGAGUAAGCUGUGGGUCUGUGUGAGCAGAGAGUGUCUCUUUACUGCAGAGCAUGACUGUCAGUCACCCUGGCAGAGCCAGGCACAGGUGGCUGUGGGCACAUGGAAGGAGACAAGAUUUCUGUAGGGCUCUUG